AUGUCGCAUCCUCCCCAGCGGCGCCGGCGCGCGGCUCGACCGCCUGGCGCGGCCCUGCCCCCCGGCUACUUGCUCCAGUUCCUGGCACUGCUGGCGGCGCUGUUCCUGCCGGCCGCGCCGCGGUCGUUGGCCACCUGUGCCGAUCAGAUGCUGGCCGCCAUGCCGGGAGUACUGCAGCUGGAGUCCACCCUGGCCAGCGAAAGUCGCGCGCUCCUGCGCAACCCCAUCCCCCUGGCGAGCAUGGCUCUCGAGGAGUUUGGCGCCUUCUCCGGGGCCAACUCCUUCGACGGAUCGGUGCUUGAGGAAAGCCUUUCGUUCCUCCUCGGGCAGACCGUUCAAGAGCACUUCCCCGAGGUGCGGUACGGGCAUUGCAUGGCGUCGAGUCUCCCCAAGGCACACGGGGGUCGGAUGAGUCGGGGCCAUCCCCACUCGCGGCGGCUGCCCCAGUUGCCCGGGCAAUCCCUCGCCUAUCCGCUGGUGGUCACCGAGGGGGGGCUCAUGUGGGCUGAGCAUGUGUUUUCCCUGGACCAGCCGGUGACCGAGGUCCUGCUGGCCACGGCCACCGAUCCCGAGGGGCUCUUUGCCCUGGUUCGACAUGGGCAAAAUGCCUACUCGUUGGUCACCCAGUCGGGCACCUGGGAGUACCAGCCACCUCCGGCGGCGGCGGCCGGCUCGAUUGUCAGUGCCCAGGCCGGCGUCCAGCGCCAGGGGUACAUCCACUGGUCGAGCAACAAAGUGGACACGCUCCGUCUGGUCGACGGCCAGAUCGACUUUGCUCCUCUGCUGCGAGAGUCCCUCUGCCUUGUGCGCGGCAUGGCCGCCACGCGCUUGGUGACGUCGGCCCCGGUUGCCGGCGGCCCGCCGGCGGCCGGUGGCCACCGCGAGGAUCUCCUGGUCCUGCUGGAGGACUCGAGCCUGGUUCUGUUGCUGGGCGUCGGCCUGAAUGAUGGAAGCAACCUGGGCGACGCGCAGGUGGCCGGGGUUUUCACCCUGCCCAGUGGCGUCCCGGCCGGCGGGCGCCUGGUCACGGCCCCCUCGUACGCCAACAGCCACGCGGUCGGGUGGUUUCUCUAUCAGCGCGGCUCGGACUUCUGGCAAGUGGCCAUCGGCCCGGACCAUGCGCUGACCUGGACGCCGCUGGGGCUGCCGGUGACUUCCGGCAGCUGGGACACCCUGCGGCCGUUCUAUCAUCGCCAGCUCCUCCGCUGGGUGCUGGCCACCAGCCAGCACUUGAUGCUGACGGCCGAGGAGUUCGAAUGCGGCCGGGACCCCACCAUUCGAUGCCACCCCGACAUUUCGGACGACGGGUGGGAGUGCCUUGCCUCGCGGUAUGUGUCGCCGCUUUUGCAGCCGGGGCACCUUUGUGGGGGUUGUGCGCCGGGGUUCCGCCUGGCCGCGGCCCCGGCAGGCAAGCUCCGCGCCUGUGUCCCGUGCAUGGAGAAUUGCCAAGUGUGCACCGAAAGCCACUGCCUUGUUUGCAAUGACGGAUACCGCCUGCUCCCCGGCACGGCGGGCGGCUUUUGCGUCGGCUCAUGCGCCCAGCCGCUGGAGAACGGCCAGAAAAUGUGCCACGAGCACUCGCCCGGGCAUGCCCACAUCACCACCGUGUCGCUCUCCGGACUCGGUCCCUCGUUCGCAUUCCUGGCCUCCACCUUUCUGGAGGUCGAUGCCAAUGGGCAGGCCCACCUGCCGACGGCCGCCGGCAUGGCCACCGCCCGGCGGAACUACCUGUUCAUGUCGGAUGACAGUAAGGCCUGGUGGGUCGCAGCCGCCCAGGUGGAUGCGCUGGUGGAGCCGCCGCUGGAAACGUCCCUCCAGCUGGCCGGGCCCCCCUGGGCCAUGCUGCCCUUCAAGCUCCUCAUCGAGCUGGGGCCGUUCCUGCUGCCGGAUCCGGCCCUGGGCGGCCUCCUGGUGCCGCACUUCGUGGCCUUCGCCUGCAAUGACAAAAUGAGCCACCUGGUGUACCGGUGCGAUGCGAGCCAAAAUCCCCCGCCCAUGGAUGGGGCCCCCGCCUGCAGGGCGGCCAUCCAUCGGACGGACACCAGUACCAUGUGCUCGGCCCUGCGCCCGGUGGACCGGCGCCAUGUCAUGCUCUUCGGUGCCGGUGGGUUUCACUUGCUCCGGGUGUCCCUCCCACCGCCGGGGGCCCCGGGCGCGGGGCCGGUGGUGUCCAUGGUCCAGGUGGCGUGGGCCCAGAUGGCCAUGGGCAUCGCCGGGGCGCCGCCCUUUGCCCAGGCGCCGGUGGCCCCGAUGGCCGACGACUGGCUGCUCGUGCUGGACCGCGGCACCACGCCGGCCCUCCUGUCCAUGGACUUGGUCCUGUCCGGGGACAGCCGCGUGGCGGCCACCAUGCCGGCGGCCGGGCCGGCUGUGCCGUCGGCCGGGGGCAUCGUCGUCACGCUGGAGACCGGCCGGGCCGGGGCCCCGAUCGAGACAUUCAUUUGCGGGCGCCACGAGAGCACCGGCCAGUGGCUGGCCAUGCACUCGCCGCAGGGCGCCGCCACGCACGGCCGCCUGCAUGACCAAUCCUUCGCGCACUAUGAGCUCGGCAUCCUGGCCGGCUCGGGGCCUUCCUCGCCGAUGUUUUUGCCGCUGCGCCUGCGCUCCGGGCGCUUCCCCGCGGCCCUGCUGAUGAUCAGCGAGCAGCAGAUCGGCGUGGCCGUGCUGGAAUGCCCCACGGCCGAUGCGGGCCAGCCAUGCCGCUUGGGAAAGGCCCAGCUGAUGGCCUCCCCCGUGGGCGCAAACCUCGGCAGGCCCAGCAUCUCGGCGGCCAUUGUUCCCCUGGCGGCCACGGGGCCCGGGCCCGGGCCCGGCGAGGCGCCCACCACCGAAGUCAGCACCUUCCUCCUGUCGGUGGCCCCGAGCCUGUCGUCCUUCUACCUGCUGCAUGUGGAGACGUAUGACUGCCGGCCGGGCUCCUUCGGGCCCACGUGCAGCGCUUGCCAUCCCCUCUGCGCCCGGUGCUCCGGGCCCAGCCCCGGCCAGUGCACGGAAUGUUGGCUGGCCACGCCCGAGGCGCCGCAAGAGUGCCUGUCCCGUUGCCCAUACGGGCGCGUGGCCACCACCAAGCCGGGCGUGUGUCGGCCCUGCUCGGGGCCCUGUCUUGACUGUGCCUUUUCCCCAGACCACGGCUUCGCCCUGUGCACUGUCUGCCAAUCCGACCACUACCUGGAGCUGGUCACCUAUUUGACCGACGAGAUGACGGGCCUGCCGCUGCCAUCCGGCACGUGCGUCAGCUGCCAUCCAUCCUGCCAGACGUGCCUCGGCCCGGGCAUGAACGCCUGUGAAUCCUGCCCCGGGGGGAUGGUCCUGUUUUAUGGGGCCUGCCUGGCGGAGUGCGAGAGGGGCUUCUGGGACCGGGCCGGCGUGUGCCAGCCCUGCGCGAAUGGCUGCGCGCAUUGCCAGGACGCCAGCACCUGCCUGCAAUGCAAGGAUGGCUUCUUCCGCGGCUCGGACGGUGUCUGCCUGGCCUGUGACCCGUCGUGCGAGCUUUGCGAUGCCGCCGGCGCCUGCCUCGCCUGCCGGCCGGGGCUGGUGUUCCUGGAGGCGGACCCCAGCCAGCCGGGCCUUUGUGGCAGUGUCUGCGCGGCUGGGGACUUCCGCCCGGUCGAGCCCCGGCGCUGUGCCCGGUGCGGCGACUCGUGCGCCCUUUGCACCGGCGGCGCGGACAAUUGCACGGUGUGCGCCACCGGGCACCGGUGGGCCAGCGGCGGCACCGGGCCCGGGGCCUGUGUCGGCUGCCGGGCUGGCUGUGCCGUGUGCACGGCCACCCGGUGCCUGGGCUGCCGCCAGGGUCUCUGGCUGACCCCCGGCGGUGAGUGCAUGGACGCGUGUCCGCCCGGGUGGUUUGCCGACGCCGGCACCGUCGAUGGGACUGGCGCCGGCGGGGGCGAGUGCCAGAUGUGCGAUGUCGAGUGUGCCGAAUGUGACCAGUCGGCCGGGCACUGCACCGCGUGCGCCCCGGGGCUGGACCUCGUCACCGACGGGGCCGGGACCACUUGCCGGUCGGGCUGCGCGCCCGGGGAGUACCGCGACCCGGUCAGCCUCGCGUGCCUUCCCUGUCAUGCGGCCUGCGCCGAGUGCAAUGGCCCCACCGACCGGGACUGCUGGAGUUGCGCCGGGCCGGAGGAUGUCCUCCAGGGAGGCGCGUGCGUGCAGACAUGCGCCGAUCGCCAUGUGGCCCUGGCCCAGCGGUGCCUCCCCUGCCAUGCCUCGUGCGAUGCCUGUGCCGGCACCCGGUCGUCCGAGUGCACGGUCUGCGGGGCGGACCUGCGCUCGCUGCCGGCGCUGGAGGACGCCACCACCGGGCGCCGGUGCGUGCCCGCCUGCCCGGUGGGCCACGCCACCACGGACACCGGGUGCCGGGCGUGCGCGGCCAACUGCGCCCAGUGCUCCGGUGGCGGCCCGUGCGACCAGUGCGCGCGUGGCUGGCUGCUGGACAUGCAGGCCAGCGCGACGGACGUCUGCGUGCACACCUGCCCCGCAUUGACCUUCCCCUUCGGCGGGGCCUGCUCCGUGUGCCAUGGCUCGUGCGGGACGUGCUUCGGCCCGGGGCCGGACCAGUGCCUUUCCUGCACGGCGGGCACGCCAUUGAUGUGGGCCGGCCAGUGUGUGGCCGCCUGCCCGGCCGGUGCCUUCCGCCUGCCCGGGGAGAAUGCCUGUGCCGGCUGCGACGCCCAGUGCGCCUCAUGUGCCAAUGGCCAGAGCACCGGCUGCACUGGCUGCCCCAGCGGGGGGCUGCUGCUCCCGUCGACGCCGGCCAGCUCGACCGGGCGGUGCAUGGCCUCCUGCCCGGAGAGGCACUUCGCCCAGGCCGACCACCCGUCCGGGCCCCGGUGCGUGCCGUGCCACGCGUCGUGCGCCUCGUGCGCCGGGCCGGGGGCCAGCCAGUGUCUCGGCUGUCCCGAAGGUGCCCUGCUCCAUCAGGACCACUGCCGGGCCGACUGCCCGCCAGGCUUCUUCGGGUGCCACCCGGCCCGCCAGUGCCGGGCCUGUCCGGACGGCUGCACCGCGUGCGAGCCCUUCGAUGGGACGUCAUGCGCAUCCAUGUGCACCGCCUGCGAGGACGGCCGUUUCUUGACCGCAGAGGGUCGGUGUGAGGUCUCCUGCCCGGCUGGGCAGUUCCGCCAGCCGGGCGGCCAGCUGUGCGGCCCCUGCCAUGCCGACUGCCGGACAUGCGAAGCAUCGGCCGAGCGCUGCACCUCCUGCCCGGCGGCCGGGUGGCUGGACUACGAGUCGCGGGUUUGCCUGCAGGCCGGCUGCCCGGCGGUCUUUGCGGCGGUCACCCGGCCGGCCGACCCGGCCGGGCCUGGGCCUGACCGGGUGUGCCUGCCCUGCCCGGAGCACUGCGAGGUCUGCACGGGCGCCGCCGAUGCCGAGCUGCCGGCCGGGGCGCCUGCUUGCCGGCUGCCGGCGGCCGAUGGCCCCCUCUCGUGCACCCUUGUGGCCGGGUGCGACCGGUGCGUGUCCGGGCGCCUGCUGCACCGGGAGCCCGGAGCCCCGGCCAGGUGCGUUCUGGAGUGCCCGCCGGGCUUCUUCGCCGACCAGGAGGCCGCGGCCUCGGGCAUCCCGGCAUGCAUGGCCUGCCUGAAGGGGUGUGCGGCCUGUGACGGUCCCCUGGCAUCGGACUGCCUCGAAUGGUCUGGCCUCUCGCCUGGCACUCGCCUGGCCAUCGGCCUUGGGCUUGGGCUUGGGCUGCUGCUGCUGCUGCUGGUCCUUCUGGGCGUGGGUUUGGCACUGGUGUUCUUCCUCCGGCGGCGACGCAAUGUCAAGGGCCAGGCCGAGGACGAUGCCGAUGCCACGGUUCUCAAUACGAUUGUCGAGCUCUCCCUCCCGGGCUCGAUCCUGGUGAGCCUGGAAACGGACUUCAUGCCGGUGGACGGCCACAGCGACCUCGGCACCGGGACCCAGGCGGCGGUGUACGCGGCGCGGGCCAUCGGCGCCGGGACCGCCGACCGCCUGGGCUGCCCGCCGACCGUGGCCAUCAAGCGCCUGAAGGAGGGCGCCGCGCGCAGCACCACCCAGAUGGCCCUCUUCCAGAAUGAGGUGGCCCUGAUGUGGCUGCUGCGCGAUGUGCCGAAUGUCGUGCGGCUGUACGGGUACAGCGAUGCCCCGCCGGCCAUCGCGAUGGAGCGCUAUCAGACGGACCUGUCGACGCUCCUCCAUUCGGAGAUCCCCCUCGGCACGGGGGCGCUUCUGCACAUCAUCCACGAGUGGGCAUGCGGCCUGGAGGCCAUGCACGCGCAGGGCAUUGCCCACUGCGACUUGAAGCCGGGCAAUGUGUUUGUCACGCGGCGCGCGGAUGGCGCCUGGCAUGCGGCCCUCGGCGACCUGGGGACCAGCCGUAACCUCUCCGAGCGGCGGUCCAACGCCCUGACCGCCGCGCCGCCGGCGCUCAAUGCCCUGACCGCACGCUACGCUUCCCCCGAGGCCACCGCGUCGCAUGCGGCCGCCUUGGCGGCCAUCCAGCCGGUCAUCGACCUGCUCUGGCUCCUGUGGAGCUCCAACGCCGACAGCCGCCCGAUGGUCGCCGUCCUCCGGCAGAAGGUGUCCAUGGCUUUGCAGAUGGCCGGCGGCCCGGGCGCCUGA